UAUUUUAGGGGAUACAAAUUUCAAAAGAAGAUUAUAAACAAAUUUCGAAAAAUGUCGAGGUCGAGCCGAUGACCGAGUGGUUUUACUCAGAAUGUCCCGUAUAAAUUAUAUCUGUGCAUCUGACAGCAAUUUUAAUAUUAAUGAUUUUGACAUGUAUUUGGUAAGGUUAUUUUAUCAGCGUUUAAAGCACGUGGUGACUGGUGUAUGUAAUGUGGUAACUGAUAACAGUCUACAAUAAUUUGUAUAAAAUUAUUAUGAUAUGAUAAAUAAUAAUACUUAUUUAAAUGUUAAAUCGUCAAAAAGUCAAAACACAAAUGUCUAAUGUAAGAAUGAUAUUAUGUAUUUUAAGUAUUAACGUGUCCAACUAAUAGUAAAAUGUCUAGGAUAAUUGUAAAAAAUUUACCAAAAGCCAUAACUGAAGAUAAAUUGAGAGAAACAUUUAGUCAUAAAGGUGUGAUUACUGACGUUCAACUAAAAUAUACUAAAGAUGGAAAGUUCCGAUAUUUUGCAUUUGUUGGUUUUCAAAGUGAAGAAGAAGCCAAAAACGCCAUAGACUAUUUUGACAACUCUUUUUUGAACUCCUCGCGCAUCAAAGUUGAACAAUGUGCAAAUUUAGGAGAUGAAAACAAACCAAAGUCAUGGAGCAAGUAUGCACCUGAUAGUACAAUUCAUAAACAGAAAAACAGUAACAAAGAAAUAUCAGAUGUUGAAAAUUCUAAAAUUAAUAAAACAAAAAAAAACAAAUUAAAACCUGAAAUUGAAGAAAAGAUUAAAAAGCAUUUGGAUGAUCCUUUAUUUACUGAAUUUUUGGAAGCCCACGGACAUGAAAACAUUUUAGAUAAAGUAAAAAAUGAAGAUGAACUUAAAAAUGAAGAAUUGCCUUUUAAAAGUGAAAACAAGGAUGAAUCAGCAGAUAAGAUUGCCAAUGCUGAUAUAUCUGAUUUUGAGUAUUUGAAAAUAAAAAGUGGAAAAAAAUCAAUAUUAGAUAGCUCACAAAGUGCUAAAACAAAAACAGAAUUUCACACAAUUAUCAUACGUAGUCUCCCUUACAAAGUGAAAAAAUCCAUGUUAAAAGAAUUUUUCAAGCCGUUAAAACUUGAUUCAAUUCGUAUACCACCUAAAAUUAAAGGUGUGGCGUAUGUUGGUUUUAAGAAGCAAAGUGACUAUGAACAAGCUUUCUUAAAAAAUAAAAGUUUUUUAGGUGGCAAACAAAUAAUGUUUUAUCCAAUGAAAGCUCCAGCUAACAGUCAGGAAGAACAAAACAAUAACAAUGGAAUACGUAAUCCAGAAUGGCAGAAACAGACUGAUAGUUUGAUACAUGAAGAAAGUAUUGCAGAAUCUGGUCGAAUAUUUGUUCGAAACUUACCAUACAUAGCUACAGAAGACGAACUACAAAAAUUGUUUGAACAGUUUGGUCCUGUAACAGAAUCUAUAAUUCCAGUGGAUAAAGUGUCCCGUCAAGUAAAAGGAUUUGGCUUGAUCACUUUUUUAAUGCCCGAACAUGCAGUCAAAGCUUAUACAGAACUAGAUGGGACUAUUUUCCACGGCCGAAUGAUGCAUUUAUUACCUGGAAAAGCUAAAGAAUAUACUGAAGACGAUUCAAAUAAAGAAGGGAGUUCAUUUAAGAAGCAAAAAAUGGCAAAGCUAAAGUUAGAAGCUGGGUUAUCUCAUAACUGGAAUAGUCUGUUCUUAGGACAGAAUGCAGUUGCAGAUAUUAUUGCUAAAACAUACAACACUACUAAAGAAAAUGUUUUAACUGGCGAUAAUGCUGCUGUGAGAUUAGCUCUUGGUGAGUCCCAAAUUGUAUCCGAUACCAAAACCUAUCUAGAAAACAAUGGUGUGAAGUUAGAUGUAUUUAAUCAAACUGUAAUCAACCGAAGUAAAAAUGUGAUUAUAGUUAAAAAUUUACCUGCAAACACAACAGAGUUAGAAAUUAAAAAUCUUUUUUCCAAAUUUGGACUUGUCAAUAGAGUUGUUUUACCACCUAGUGGCAUUACUGGUCUUAUUGAAUUUAUACAAAAUUCUGAAGCUAAAAAUGCUUUCCGUCAACUGGCAUACACAAAAUUUAAAAACUUACCACUAUAUUUAGAGUGGGCACCAGAUCAAGUACUUUCUCAUGCUCCAGAAGUUAAAGAAAAAAUAAAUUCGAAUGAAGAUAAAAUAAUAGAAGACGAUAUUGAUGAACCUGAGCCAGAUACCACAUUGUUUAUCAAAAAUAUUAAUUUUAAUACUACAGAAGAUAAUAUCACAAAACACUUUGAAAGCUGUGGUAAAAUUGCCAAUGUGACAGUCGCUCGUAGAAAAGAUCCUAAAAAUCCUGGAGAGUUAUUAUCAAUGGGUUAUGGUUUUAUCCAGUUUUAUAGACAAAAAUCCCUUAACGAAGCGUUAAAACUUAAACAAUUUUCCAAGUUAGAUGAUCAUUCUAUAGAACUGAAACGUUCCAAUAGGACACUGCAGAGUACUGUAGUUGUUGAUCGUAAGCAAAGUAAACCCUAUGAAGAAAGUACAAAACUUAUUGUGAGGAAUAUACCAUUUCAAGCUACCAUUCAAGAAGUUAUUGAAUUAUUUAAAACUUUUGGAGAACUAAAAGGAUUGAGAAUGCCGAAAAAAAUGGUUGGAACUGGUACACAUAGAGGAUUUGCUUUUGUUGAGUACAACUCUAAAACUGAAGCCAAGGCAGCCAUGGAAUCGAUGUGUCAAAGUACCCAUUUGUAUGGGAGAAGAUUGGUGCUUGAAUGGGCUCAAGCUGGUGAAAAUUUAAAUGAAAUGCGAAAGAGAACUGCUGACCAAUUCCAUUUGCCAGAAGCAAAAAGGAGUACCAAAAGCGUUGCAGAAAUAAAUAUUGAAGAAAAUGAAGACAAAAAUGAUUAAAAUCAUUGAAUGUAUGUUAUAAAAUUAUUGUUAUAAUUAAUUAGAAACAUAAUUAAAAAUAACUACCGAAUUCAACUAUUGAACAUUUUAUUUAUACUAAUCGAAAUGACUCAUAUUGGUGUAAACUUUUUCAAGAAUUUUAAAUAUUUUUAUAAGGUUAUCAAAAAGGUACUAUUGAAAAUAGCAUAAAAAUUAAUAUAUUCGAGGUUACCUUAGGUAUCCCACAUUUUUACUAUGCAAAAUUUGGCCCAUAUUAUAAUAUAGAGAUAACAGCAGAUGAAUAGUUCAAAUAUAUAAAACAUCUAAUUAAAUUUUAUACUGUCUAUGACUCGAUUAUUAAAGUUUAACAAACAUCA